AUGGCGAAGCCUGGAAAGUGCGAGCACAACUUCAAAAUGAUCAAGUCCGACACCACCCUCAUCCUAUGGAACUGCAACAUGUGCCAUUCGGGUCCACACUGGUUCAUCUUCGAGUGCGCGAAAUGCAAGCUGAAGACUUGCCGUCCUUGCACCGCAAAAGCGAAAUAG